AUGGCAAGCUUUGUAGACAGCCGCGCGCACUUUGAAGCACGUGCGCGCGAGUACGGCGUUCCUGCUGAGUUGUUGACGCAUCUCCAGAACCAAGGCAUCAACACGUUAGGUCAGCUGGCCUUUGCCUUCACUCGGCCAGGACAAGAGUUCGAUGAGGGCCGCUUUGACACAUGGCUCAGAAGUGUGAAUGCCGGAGUGGCUCUAUCCAUAGGUGCCAUAGCCUCGGUUCGCAGACUUCACUUUGAGGCUGAAGUGAUAGUGACAGCUUCGCUGAAGGCGGCCGUGGAGGCACCCACCUCCGAGUCUGCAACGCCCAAGGCCAUUCCCUUCGCCGAACGCUCUGUACGCCUAGCGCACAUUCGGGCCAAGCUCCCUGGGUUGCACCUGGAGGGUCCCGGAGAGCCGUCUCAAACUUUGCUCGACGAGGCUUGCCAUCAGUUUGAGACACGAGCACUAAAGUAUAUCGAACCUCAGAAAUGCACCAGUCACUAG